AGGCCAAAACCCUUCGCUUCGCUUCGGUGGACUGACGGGCCGGCGGCGGCGGCGGAGAGAAGAUGCGAUUCACUGCAUCUCCGGUGGUGGAGCUUCCGGUGGGCGGAGCGGUGCUGGCGUUCGAGCAGGACAACGACUCCUUCGAGGUGGGCACCUCUGUGUGGCCCUCGUCACUGGUCAUCGUCAAGUUCGUCGAGCGCUGCCUCGGCGACCCGGCCCUCCCCUUCGCCGACGUGCUCCGCUUCCCCGGCACUCGGGCCGUGGAGCUCGGCUCCGGAUGCGGCCCGGCGGGACUCGGCCUCUCCCGCCUCGGCCUCACCGACCUCGUCCUCACCGACAUCGCCGCCGUCCUCCCCGCUCUCCGCCGCAACCUGCGGCGCAAUCGCCUCCACCUCCCCCGCGCGCCCCGCCUCGCCCAACUCCACUGGAACUGCCCCGCGCAUCUCGCCACGCUAGCCACCCCGCGCCGCUUCGACCUCGUCGUCGCCGCAGACGUGGUCUACGUGCAGGAGUCCGUGCCGCACCUCAUCGCGGCCAUGGACGCGCUCGCCGACGCCGAGCGCGGCGUGGUGUUGCUCGGCUACCAGAUCCGGUCGCCCGAGGCGCACCAGGCGUUCUGGGACUCCGUCCCGUCCGCCUUCCCGGUGAUCGAGAAGGUGGCACGGGAGCACCUCGACCCGGAUUACGCCUACGAGGAAUCCGAUGUUUACAUACUCCGGAGGAGGCCACGGCAGUGAGGUCAGUGUUUUAUAUCAUUGCUCGAUGGCCCGUCGAUAUUAUCGCCAGUUGUCAUGUGUGGUGGUGGCUGAAAGUCUUGAGACUUUCGUCCGUCACUGUUAUCGGCUGGGGUGCUCCGCGACUAAAGAUCGGAGAGCUAGUGAUCCAUCUAUGCUGCUGGAUUUCGAUAUGGGUGGAUUUGUUGUGCAUGUGCCUACUUCAGGGCUCGGUGUUAUGCCGAUGGUGGAAAGUAGUAUCAUUAACAUAUAUGAUAUGCGUUUUCAAAAACAAUUACGCACAUGAUAUGUUGCCUUGAGAACCCAAAAUUUCAUCUAGAUCGUUGAAAAAGGGUCUGUUUUACUACCCCAAGUAAUUUACCUUAUUCAUUUUGACCCCAUGAA